AAUGAACUCCGUCAUAUCUGCAUUUAAGGGUAAAAAAAGCAGCGCGGCCAACGGAACUGUUGCUGGAGAGACCAAGCAGAACCAAAGCGGUGGGCUCAUCAGCAUAGCCGUCGGCGGCGGAGUGGCCAAGAAGAAGACGGUGGCCCAGAGCAGUGGCUACCAGUACCUGCGGCACAUCCGCGAGAUCGAGACUGCCAACAAGCUGCUUUCCCCCGUUGUGGUUGUUGCUGACGACGGGCCGGCCGGCAAGGCGGGUUCUGUCCCGGCAAAGACGACCAUGGCAACGGGGGUCGACAUGGUGGACCAUGUCUGUCUGCCCGCCACGGUGAGACUGUCCAGUGCCGAGACUUUAUCCGACUUGAACAUGAACGGAAAGGCCGUUGGAGCCGUGGGCCCUGCCACAGCAAUUGGCGACAAUGCAAACCCGGAGGUGGGUGACCCCUGGAUUAGCCCCCCGCUAGCUGCGACGACGGACGACGAAGACCUCUCUGAGCAUUCCAAUGCCGCCUGUACCAGCACCAGUAGCUCUAGCGAACAUAGCAACAGCACCGUGGUGCACAGUCCAACAGUGGCGGAGAGCACAUCUGCCUCCGCGUGCGGGUCAGCAUCGGCAUCUGCCCCAGCCAGUCAUCCCAGUCCCAGCCUGAGUCAGCACAGUCAGUCGUCGCUAGCCAUCACCUGUGAGCCGCACUCGACCUCCACCACCACGCUGUCUUCGCUGGGAUCAGACCUGGGCAAUGUAAAUGGAAACAACAUACCCGCAUUCCUAAUGUCCGCCCCGGCCACUUUGCCCAUUAGCGGCCAGAUGUCCACGACCAAGGCCCUACCGGAAGCCAGCUCCGCGGCCAGUACGCCCAAGCACACGCGCUAUUUGAAGCCGCGUCUCAGUUUGAGUCGCGGGUUUAACCAAUCCAUGCCCUCAGUGCACGGGAGGUCAAAUCUCAGUGUAAUGCAGUCGGGCGACGGAGUGCCGACUGCCGCCCCUGGAAUUUCUGCGAAUCCCCCGAAACGUAUUUCCACGCACCAAAGAAACUUGAGUUUGGAUUUCAGAUCCAUGGGUAUACUGCUCCCGCCCGUGUCGCAGGUGACCAACACUCGCAUCAAUCACACGCAGCACCACCGCAAUCGCAGCCUCGACAGUGCCCUGCAACGCAUUCCGGAGGUCGAAGUGUCAUCACCAAAUGCAGAAAGCGAGAACACGUUCUGCUCCUCGUCCAUUCUCGGUGCGAAUAUGUGCUCGAAGAUGGCCACGACCGCGGCGAAUGUGACGGCAGCUCUGUCCCCGCCAGCCACGCCCACGCCCACGCCCUCCCCGAUGUCCGUGGCCACUUCGACGGCAAUCUCGUCCACGACUGUGGCAGCCAGGGGGAUCACGCAACACCCUGUGCCGAAGCAUCAGCAAUCGAUUUGUCUGGCCGCUUGUAGGCCCAGUGCCGUCGGGGAGUCCUGUCCAACAAUGCGGGUGCGGCCAAAAUCUAGCGAGUCGGUUGCGGGAAAUGGACAGGAGUUGAUCGGGACUAUUGUCAGCGGGACCGGAAACGGCGGUAGCAGCAGCAACAACAGCUGCAGCAGCGCUGGCAGCAGCAAAAAGCGGGAAGAUCUCACCAGUCUCGGAUCGGACGACUCCGGCAUCAUCUGUGGCUCAGAGUCGGACCAAAUAUCCCUGAAUCGCAUAUGCCAUUCACAUGAAUCGCUCGAUUCGGGUGAGAUGGAUGCGGACGCCGAUGCAGAGGAGGAGUGCGUUGACCUCAUGGAGACGACGUCCAUCGACGAGGAGUACAACACGCAACCAGACCAUCUCUGCUUCUAUUCCCCACACACGGCUUCCACCGAACUGGACUGUCGCACUCUGCGUCCGUCUCGCAAACAAAAGCGCCAGCAGCAGCGAGCCCUGGAGCAGGCCAAUCCAGUCUCCCAGGCUCCGCACAAUGAUGCAGACACCGUGGAUGCUGGCGUCGACGCCCGAACUCGGUACCGCGUUAUGAACAUGUCCCAAGCAGCCAUCAAUGUUGAACUUGGCGAGGCUUCCAAUGAAAUCGAACCAGUGCUGGACGACAGGAAACCUGUCCAAGAUCACAUAGCGACUGCGGAUUUACCGAAUCCAGAUGAGCCAUAUCCGCCACCAUCCCUGCCCACGCCAUCGGCCACCCCCACGCCAACUGCCACGCCCACACCAACGGAGAGCACCAAGAACGACCAGGUUCUAUUUAAGAACUUCUUUGGGGCCACUAAGAACGCUAUCUUCCGCACAGCCCAAAGCAUUAUUGAAAACCACGAGAAGAAGAACGCUGCCAAGCAGAAGGAGCAGCCCGAUCACUCGACGGCGUUGGCCUUAGUAAGUUCACCAAGCGGAGGCAGCACUUCGCCACAAGAACAGAUCAAGUCACCUACGGACAUUUCCAAAAAAAAGGAAUUUUUUAGUCUGCUUACGUCGAAUUCCAGCAAAAAGGCGGCCGCUGCCGCGGCAGCGGCUGCAGCGCACUCAACUGCCAACACACCCACGGAAUCGCAUACGGCACUUGCGGACUUCAAGCUGCAGCAACUGUAUGACACAACUGCCGAUUCAAAACUGAGGGAGCGCACACUCAACUUACGUCUUCCUGGAGCUGAUAGUGAAGUUAAUGAAGGAGCACUAGCAAAGUCAUCUUCAUUCAACUCGCUACACAAACUAAAGCUCCCUGUUCCAGGGGUCGUUAAGUACUUCAUCAGCGAACGAGCGCCGGUGUCGGAUUUGCUUCGGAAGCCGGAGAAAGGUCAGAGCGGACUGUUGCGUUUCUUCGAGUCGCCUGUCUUCAACAUACACUUCGCUGUUCAUUACCUCUUUUACUCAAAAGAACCGGGAGUUCUUAGCUUUAUCGGCAAUAAGAUAUUUAGCUUUCCGGACCAGGAGGUCGACCUAUACAUACCGCAACUGAUUGUCAUGUACAUUCAGAUGGAUGAACUAGCCGAGGUCCUAGAUCCAUAUCUGACCAUAAGGUGUCGCAAGUCCGUGGACUUCUCGCUCAAAUGUUUGUGGCUCCUAGAGGCCUACAACUACCAGAUAGACACCCUGGGAAACUCGCACAGCAGCUCCCGGAAAUCUAAGCUGGCGCUCAUGAAGGAAAUAUUCUCAAAAAAGGAGCAGAAGCAGACUCAGAACGAAGCUAAGUCUGCUGGCACAGUCGGGGAGCCGAUCGUGGCCUUCGCCAAAAAAACGCAUCACCGUUCACAGUCCGAUGCCACAGUGCUGCUAGCCGACUUCCGCUCACCUCACACAUUAAGUAUAUCUCACCGUAUGUAUCAGCAGCCGCCCUACACAACGCAAACGCUUCCCACCACUCCCGCCAAACUUUGUCUCGGUGAUUUAAGCUCGGGACACGCCUUCGACAACGGAUGCACCUGCUUCGAGUCGGUGCGAGGCCAAGUGAACGGCCUGCUUGGACAGAGAACGCUUUGCAGCUGCGGAGCUCCAAAAACGGCGCCUCAAAAGGAGUUCAUGAAGGCCCUGAUGAACGUCGGUAAAAAACUCACAUCAUUGCCUUCUAAAGCGGAGAAGACUUCAGCGCUGCGGAUGUUCCUCAACUUAAUCAACAAGAACCUGCCCGCUCGAGUCUGGCUUCCCCUCUACUCGGACAUCCCGCAUCACGUCGUUCGUAUUACGGAGGAAAAGACGGCGGUACUGAACUCGAAGGACAAAACCCCGUACAUCAUCUAUGUGGAAGUGGUUGAAAUUCCUGACAUUUACACUUCUCCUCUGAUACCCAAGAUGAUGCCUUCGCUGCGGCACACAAAGAGCGAGGAGCACCUGGAGGGAUCCUGCCUUAAUUCACACCAGCACCUCAGCUGCAGCCACACCUCCAGCAGCAGCAGCAGUCAGCAGGGUUCAAGCUGCCGUCGAAAGAAGGGCGCAGAAGCGGAUGGCGGUUGUGGCGACUCUGCCCCUCACAACUUCUACGGCAACGCACUUUCGCUGGGCGGACUUCAUCUCCAAGUGGAUGAAGUGUGGACGCAAGAGGACGACGACAUUACGGCACAGUACCUUAACAUGCGAAAAGUAAGCGAGCGAGACACCAUUUCACAGAUGUCACUGGACUCUUGCGAUUCACGGGACCAAGGUCCACCAAUCGUCUUCAAUAUUGGAGACGUGCGCUUACGUCACUGCAGCAACUUGAGCUGUGAGAACACGAAAUCGUUCAGCAACGACCCAGAAGAUCCAUCGGCAGCGGCUCUAAAGGAACCCUGGCACGAAAAGGAAAAGCUUAUUCGCGAGUCCUCUCCCUACGGCCAUUUAUCGAACUGGCGGCUGCUUUCCGCCAUCGUUAAGUGUGGCGAUGAUUUACGUCAGGAACUUAUGGCUACACAACUGUUACAGAUGUUUAAAAUUAUUUGGCAAGAAGAAGAAGUAAAUCUGUGGGUGCGCCCGUACAAAAUCGUCUGCCUGUCGAAUGACAGUGGUCUUAUUGAGCCCAUUCUCAACACUGUCUCCCUGCACCAGAUCAAGAAGAACUCUAACAAAUCAUUGAGAGAUUAUUUUAUCGAUGAGUACGGCUCACCCACCGGAGAGAGUUUCCGCCGCGCACAAAAGAAUUUCGUCCAAAGCUGUGCAGCCUACUGUCUCAUUUCGUAUUUGCUGCAAGUCAAGGACAGGCAUAAUGGCAACAUACUUUUUCAUUCGGAUGGGCACAUCAUACACAUUGACUUUGGAUUUAUUCUGAGUAUAUCUCCCAAAAACCUGGGAUUUGAACAAUCGCCCUUUAAACUUACUCCGGAAUUCGUUGAAGUCAUGGGAGGCACCAGUUCGGAACAUUGGCGUGAAUUUAAUAGGCUUCUUCUGGUGGGGAUGAUGACUGCCCGAAAGCAUAUGGAUCGUAUUAUAAACUUUGUGGAAAUUAUGCGCAGCAAUGCUCAUUUGCCGUGCUUCAAAAAUGGAUGCUCCGGAACUGUUCAGAAUCUCCGUAAGCGCUUUCAUAUGAAUUUAACCGAGCAAGAAAUGGAACGAAAAGUAGAGCAGCUUGUACAGGACUCGUUGAAAAGUCUGUCAACUAAACUGUACGAUGGUUAUCAGUACUACACGAAUGGCAUAUUGUGAGAACGGUUUUUUAUGAAGAUCUAAGUGGGUAGUAACAAUUAAUAGAUUGAAAAUGCCAAGCUGGUAACCAAAACUAUGGACUGACUUUUUUGUAAAGGAUUAAUUGUAUAUUAUAUAAUAUGUAAUUAUCAGCGACAAAAAACAAAAAGAAUGAAAUUGUACCAAACCUAAAUUUGUUAUCGUAGCUUAAAUCGUUCGUUGUGUGCGCUUGCAUUGUUGAAUUAGCAUAUUGUGUAUGUUUCUAGCUUUUAAGAAAAAGUGUAAAUGUUUUGGAUGUAGAUUAAGUUUGUCUGAGUGAAAACGCGAUUGUCGGCCAAGUUUUCCAUUUUAAAAUUCAUAAUUUACUGCUUGUACAUAUAUAUAUUACAAUUUUCAAUAACCAGGCUUACAUUUCGAAAACUUUGGUUACCUAUUCAUCCUUAUCUAAAUUUUUUACUCUGGGCUUUUGUUAUUCACGAUAUACGUGUAAAGUCAUAUAAUUCCAAUACUUAUUCAUAAGUGUAAAGUUAAACACUAAUGCCACUUUGCUGCAGCUUAAAAUUUUAAUACAGCAAUAUAAUCUUUAAGAAAAUCAAUUUAAUUAUCAAACAACUUUAUAUAAUUUUAACAAAAAUAUGCCACGAGUACAUACAGAAAUAAAUAAAAGGUUUAAUUCGCCGUCAACUCUGUAUGUAUUUGCCCAUUUAACCAAUUAUUAAAUCCUAAUGAUUUGCUAAGAUAAGAUAUUGCGGUAAAGAACGAAAAUCAAAGCAUACGAAACAGUACUAAAACAAAUAGCUAGGCACUGAAAGUGAACAAUUUCAUGUUUGUAAAAUAAGGUGAGCAGCACUAUUGAAAUACACAUGCAUGAGUGUAUAUUUAAGUUAAGAUGCACGCAAACAUUAGCUACAAGUAUUUCAAAAUGUAAAUGAAUAUUUCUACAAAUUUAUUAAAUAAUUCGACUAAAAUAAAUGAACAUAUUCAUAUACAACAA